AUGGGAGAUCCCUGGAGUAUUGUUCCGUACAAUGACCCGUACGAUUUCCCAUUGCCCGAAAGCAUCCUCGAUUUCCAGAAUGAUCAUAAUCUACCCCCCGCAGGUCCAUCCAAUGAGCACAAUGCUUCUCCGUUCCCCCAACAAAGUGAUGCAAUUUUACAGGAUACUUAUCCGAAUUCGGGUCAUCAAGUGAUUCAAGACGCCGCCAUGCGGGAUUUUCCCCAUCAAGAGGGAAACUUUGAAGCAGGUCCAUCUGGACUUCAUGGGGAAAGCCAUCCAAGUCAAGAGAAUAUGCAUUCACAGAAUUUCCCCGAGGUGUCUCAACUUCAAUACUGGCCAGAAAAUCCAGUCCCUUUUCUUUGUAGUUGCUGUCAAGUUCUUAGAGAAAUCAUUCACACUAAUGGGAUUAAGUUCUCAAAACUGGAGAUUCACGGAAGACUGGGUGUGAUCUCUCAUGCAAUUCUUCGACAGAAUAUUAGUGUGGGUUCCUCCGGCGAUCAGCAAAUUCACAUGCUUGAUUUUUGCAGAAAAUCUAUGGAGGAUGUCAAGAAUUUUCUUAGGCAGUACUGCGCGGAGAAGAAUGCAGCAGGGUACUUCACUGUGCAAGAUCCACUGUCAGCUUAUUAUGAAGCCCUCUGCAUUGGAAUGGAAUGGAAUGAAGAUUUAAAUGACGAAUUCCUUGGCACCUACGCUGACAAUUCUGGGGCAGCAUCUGAUGAGACCGAGGAUAUGGAUAGGACUGCUCGGGCUAGUCUUUCAACGCAGAGGGAGAGAGCGGGGAAGAUGAAACUGAGUGAUUUCAGGGACGUGUUUCAUCUACCUAUUGAAGAAGCAGCGAGGCAAGUGAACUUGUGUCCUACGGUUGUGAAGAAGAUAUGCCGUAAAGAAGGAUUAGCCAGAUGGCCUCACAGAAAGAUAAAGAGCAUAGAGAGGAAAAUAAACAUAUUGAGAGGGACUUUAAAUUCAGCAGAGGCAGCGUCAAGGGCACAAACGGAGGCAGAAAUUGAGAGACUUAAAGGAGAAAUGAUUGACCAUUGUGGAGGAGUCAUCCCAACUUCAUUAAAUUUCAAUGCCUGA